ACCUGACAGGAGCUCAUAUUUAUACAAAAAGAAUAGCGAGAGCACAUUUAAUCUUUUAUGCUACUAGUACGACAGCUGCGCUUUCGCUCUCUCAGCUUUCUUGAAGGAUGAUCAACGCAGAGCUAAUUUUUAUACGUUCAAGAUUUCCAGAUAGGAAUAUGCAUAAACUGUAGUAGCUGUUUAUCUGAUUCAAACAGUAAUUGUGUGGGUCCUAGCACGAGUACUACGGGAAAGCAGUGUAUUUCAUGGUUAAUACCAGUGAAGAGACACGCAAUGCUCAGUGGAUAAAAGGCUUGUAGUCCCAGCUGGGAAAAUAGUUCCAUUAUCUCCCAGCUGCAUAGACCUUCCAUACGGCUCCGUUCUGCCUCGAUGAACACUGUGGCUUGCUGAGAGCUUGAAACAGUUCUGCAGAAAAUUGUAAAGAUCCUGAGACAUUUCACUGUUAAGAUCUAAUAUCAAGGUAGUCACAGGAAGACACACUUUCCUUUCCACUGAUUGGAUGGGAAGAAUUUUUGACCUUGGAAAGUGGAGAUGGUGUUGCUAUGGAAACUAAUAAGUCUGCUGCCAUUCAUGAGCUGCAGCACAGGGGAAGAAACCCUUCACGGUCCUAUUUUUAUCCAAGAACCCUAUGAUAUCACUUAUUCCAUGGGCUCAGCAAAUCCAGAAGUCCUACUGAACUGUACAGCUAAAGGAUAUCCACUCCCAUACUACAGGUGGAAGCAAAAUGGCACAGAUAUUGAUCUUACCAUGAGUUAUCACUACAGGUUGGUUGGAGGCAGCUUGGCAAUCAAUAACCCACAUAAAAAACAGGAUAUUGGAACAUACCAGUGUUUGGCCACAAAUUCAUUUGGAACAAUUCUGAGCAGGAAGGCAAAGCUUCAAUUUGCAUAUCUUGAAAAUUUUGAAACAAAAAUCAGAAGCACCGUGUCAGUCAGAGAAGGACAAGGAGUGGUUCUGCUCUGCGGUCCUCCACCACAUCACGGAGCUCCUUGGUCCCUAUGGAAUGGCAGAAGAGCAACCAUCAGCAAUUCUCUCUACAUGAAAACCACUUCAGGCUUGUCCUAUACAUGGAUCUUCAACAACAAUACCUUAUCUGUUCAAGAAGAUACCCGCCGCUUUGUUUCCCAAGAAACGGGCAAUCUGUACAUUGCCAAAGUAGAGCCAUCGGAUGUGGGCAAUUACACCUGCGCCGUAACGAACGCCAAAGCAGAGCAAAGCGUGCGGGGGCCACCCACUCCUCUCACCCUCCGCAGCGAUGGUGUGAUGGGGGAGUAUGAACCAAAGAUUGAAGUACGAUUUCCAGAAACAACAUAUGCAGCGAAGGGUUCAUCUGUUAAACUGGAAUGCUUUGCCCUUGGAAAUCCUGUCCCUAGUAUUAGCUGGAAGAGGUCUGAUGGAAAUUCAUUGACAAAGAAAAUAGAACACAAUAAAACCAAAGGAGUUCUUGAGAUUCCAGAUGUUCAACAAGAAGAUGAGGGCUCUUAUGAGUGCAUUGCAGGGAACAUUCGAGGAAGAAACAUUGCAAGAGGUCAAUUAUUUGUCUAUGCACUCCCUGAAUGGGAUAAAAAAAUCCAAAAUGCCUUUCUGUCUCUCUAUGACAGUUUAUUUUGGGAAUGUAAGGCAAAAGGAAAACCAAGCCCUUCCUACAGUUGGUUAAAAAAUGGCCAGCCGCUCACGUCAGAGGAAAGAAUUCAAAUAGAAAAUGGAACUCUUAUCAUACCUAUGCUGAAUAUGUCAGACUCUGGCCUCUAUCAGUGUGUGGCAGAAAACAAGUACGAUACUAUUUAUGCCAAUGCUGAGUUGCGGGUGAUAGCUGCAGCACCCGAUUUUUCCAAAAACCCUGUGAAAAAAAUGUCGGUCGUUCAAGUUGGAGGUGAAGUUACAAUUGGUUGUAAACCGAAUGCUUCUCCCAGAGCAGUUAUUAACUGGAGAAAGGGCUCAGAAGUUCUGCGCCAGAACAAAAGGGUCAUCUUACUAGAGGAUGGCAGUCUCAGGCUCUAUAACAUCACCAAAUCAGAUGCUGGGGUGUACACCUGUAUAGCAACAAAUCAGUUCGGAGUUGCCAGAAAUUCAGGGAACCUGAUUGUAAAAGAAAGGACUGUAAUUAUUAUUCCACCUUCUAAUAUGGAUGUAACAGUUGGAGAAAGCAUAGUCCUUCCAUGUCAGGUGUCUCAUGACCCCUCUGUUGAUGUGGUGUUCACAUGGUCAUUCAAUGGCAAUAUAAUUGAUUUUAAUAGAGAAAUACGUCAUUUUGAAAGAAUUGGAAGAGAAUCUGUUGGGGAUUUGAUGAUAAGAAAUAUUCAGCUACAUCAUUCUGGGAAAUAUGUGUGCAUGGUACAAACAACUUUAGACAGUCAAUCUGCAACAGUAGAUAUAAUUGUAAGAGGCCCCCCAGGUCCACCAGAAGAUGUUAAAGUUGAACAUAUUUCUAGCACUACUGCCGUGUUAUCCUGGAAGUCUGGAAUAGAUAAUAACAGUCCAGUCCAGAUCUACAGCAUUCAGAUGAGGACUCCUUUCUCAGUUGGAUGGCAGGCAGUUGCAACAGUUCCUGAAGUUAUUAACGGUAGGACUCACAAGGCAACAGUGAUUGACUUAAGCCCUUGGGUUGAGUAUGAGUUUCGUGUGGUUGCCAGCAAUAGUGUUGGAAUUGGGGAGCCAAGCAGACCGUCAGCUCUACUGAAGACUAAAGCAGCAGUUCCUGUCGUGGCACCAACAAACAUCAGUGGAGGAGGAGGGAGUCGUUCUGAGCUGGUCAUCACAUGGGAGCCAGUUCCAGAAGAACUACAAAAUGGGGAAGAUUUUGGCUACAUCAUUAUGUUUCGUCCUCUUGGCUCAACAACCUGGACAAAAGCAGUGGUGGCUUCAGUGGAAGCAAGCAAAUAUGUUUAUAGGAACGAAAGCAUUACACCUCUCUCUCCUUUUGAAGUGAAAGUUGGUGUCUACAACAAUGAAGGGGAAGGGACCCUGAGCUCCAUAUCCAUUGUCUACUCAGGAGAAGACGAGCCGCAGAUAGCACCAGUGGGCAUGUCAGCACUGAGCAUUUCGGCGAUGGAGGUGGAGGUCUCCUGGCAGCCCAUCGCGUGGAACAGGCACACGGGCAGGGUGCUGGGCUACGAGGUUUUAUAUUGGACUGAUGAUCCCAAGGAAAGCACAGCUGGUAAAGUCAGAGUCAAUGGGAAUGUAACAGCUAAAAAUAUCACAGGAUUAAAAGCUAACACAGUAUAUUUUGCAACAGUUCGAGCUUACAACACUGCGGGGACAGGGCCCUCUAGCACCCCAGUAAAUGUCACCACUAAAAAAUCACCACCAAGUCAACCCCCAGCAAAUAUUGCCUGGAAGCUGACAAAUUCCAAAAUCUGCUUGAACUGGGAACAUGUGAAAACAAUGGAGAAUGAAUCAGAAGUGCUAGGCUACAAAAUUUUAUAUAGACAAAACAGACAUAGCAAAACACACGUACUGGAGACAAACAACACUUCAGCUGAACUUCUGGUACCUUUUGAAGAAGAUUAUCUCAUAGAAAUAAGAACAGUCAGUGACGGUGGGGAUGGCAGCAGCAGUGAGGAAAUAAGGAUUCCAAAAAUAUCAAGUUUAAGCUCUGGAGCAAUAAAACUAUCCCAAAGGGCAAACCAUAUAUUGACAUCUGGGAUCCUUCUAUUGAAUUCUGUUCUUACCUAUCCUUUUCCUUGAUGAUUAUAGCAAUGCUCAGCCAUGGACUUUUAAAAAUAAACCAUAUGUAGAUUUUAUCUUAAUACUUCACUAUGACCAACAUUCCUGAUAAAGAAAAACAGUGGGGAUGGGGGAGGGAGAUGGAAGUGGUCUACUGUUAAGAAAACAUUAAGUAUCAAUAUUACAUUAAUUUUUAAAAAUAAGCUUGGAAAUUAAUGGGUAAGUGUAUAUGCAUUAAUUAAAUGGAGUGGUGCCAAACAUAACUUGAGAUUGUAAAGGAGAGUGGUGUCAAAUUUUUUACAAGCAGUAGUUCUUGUUAAAACUCCAGUGUAAUGGCAUGUCAGACAUGAAAGACCAGUGCCAGGCUGUUAUAACUGAGAGAAGAGACUUGCAAUUGCUUGUGAUGUGGAUAUUACUUAUCUCACGUUCUUCAAUGUAACCUAUAAAAAAACCCACCACUUUCAAUUAAAUAAAAGCUAUUUGUUUACUUUUUGCACUUUUUUGUAUUACAGGGGAUGUCAUACAAUGCACUGUAUGAAGUGUACUGUACUAUUUUCUUCAGAAAAGGGAAACUUAAAUAAAAGGAAACAUAUGUACUAA